GUUCAUAUUCAAUUCGUCCUCACCUGCGCUCGCCCUAAAUCCUGGAUUUCCUGUUAUAAAUCCCGAGUAUACUUGUCCCAUACCUUAUUUUCGAGGCUUCAUUGAGAUAAGUACUCUGAAAUCUGCUUCCCGGACAGUUUCCUCGAGUGCAAGGUACUGCGAGCCGUGCCUCAGGUUGAGGAUCUGCCUGCGCUCUCGCUGACUACAAUGCUAGGUGCCCUCACUCCACGGUGAACUUUGCGUAGGGCGAAUCCUUGCGGCAAACCGAGGAAGGAGCUGUUCAGUUCCUUCCCCGUUAAAGACACACACACACAAUUACGAACAUGGACAAUUUGGGAGGUCCUGACAUGCUCAUUGACGACUAUGACCAGUAUAACCAGCAGGAAAAUGAAGUUGUCAACAUCUCCCCCGAUGAUGCCUCAGAGGAGCCUGCCGACGCACCACCACGGGCCGAUGACUUCGAAGCAAUGAAACGACAUGUCCUUGUCGAUCUUCCUGAUGCCGAAGCAGAGACAGAAGCAUAUCACACUUGGCAUAUCGAGAAGUGGCGGACACUGCCACGCCGGGAGCAUGGACCGGUCUUCGAAGUUGGGGGUCAUCCGUGGCGGGUACUCUUCUUCCCGUACGGAAACCAGGUUGACUGUGCCUCCUUCUACCUCGAACAUGGUUUCGAAAAUGAACCCCCGCCAGACUGGUAUGCCUGCGUUCAAUUUGCUCUAGUCCUUUGGAACCCGAACGAUCCCACCAUAUUCCGUACGCAUACCGCAACGCAUCGGUUCAACGCGAAAGAGGGAGACUGGGGCUUCACAAGAUUCGUGGAACUACGCAAAGCCUUCAACCAACCAUGGGAAGAUGGAUCUAGACAUCUCAUUGAGAAUGAUGAAGCCAAGCUCACUGCCUACGUCCGUAUCAUCAAAGACCCCACUGGCGUGUUAUGGCACAACUUCGAGGGCUACGACUCGAAGAAGGAGACGGGCAUGGUCGGGCUUAAGAACCAGGGUGCAACUUGCUACCUCAAUUCCCUUCUCCAAUCGCUCUACUUUACCGAUGCCUUCCGAAAAGCCGUAUAUCAAAUUCCUACCGAGCAGGAUGCCAACCGAAGUAACAGUGCUUGGACUUUGCAGAGACUCUUCUUCAAACUGCAGAAAGAUAAAUUUGCUGUGUCCACAAACGAACUUACCGCCUCCUUUGGCUGGGACACUCGUCAGAUAUUUGAACAGCAAGACGUCCAGGAACUGUCCCGAAUUCUGAUGGAAGUGUUGGAGAAGAAGAUGAAAGAUACACCAGCAGAGAGAACCUUACCGGAGCUCUUCGUGGGAAAGACGAAGACCUACAUCUCAUGCAUCAAUGUUGACUACGAGUCCUCAAGGAUUGAAGAAUUCUGGGAUCUUCAACUCAAUGUUCGAGGCAACAAAAAUCUCCACGAGAGUUUCAUGGACUACAUCCAGGUCGAAACUCUGGAGGGUGAGAACAAGUACGAUGCAGGGGAACCAUACAAACUCCAGGACGCCAAAAAGGGUGUCAUAUUUGAGAGCUUCCCACCAGUUCUUCAUUUACAGCUCAAGAGAUUUGAGUAUGACAUCAACCGAGACGCAAUGAUGAAAGUGAACGAUAGGCACGAAUUUCCAGAGGAGUUCGAUGCGUCCCUCUACCUGUCAGAGGAGGCGAGAGCAGCAUCAACGGAGCCUUGGGAUUACCAAUUGCAUGGAGUUCUGGUUCACAGCGGUGACUUCAAUGCAGGCCAUUACUAUGCAUUUCUCAAGCCUAAAAAGGACGGUUUCUUCUACAAGUUUGACGAUGACAGAGUAACUCGGUCGACCAUGAAGGAAGUCCUCGAGGAAAAUUUCGGAGGAGAAUAUGCGAACGUUGCAAAUGGCGGGCCAGGUCAACGUCAACCUUAUAUGAGAGGAUAUUCCACCAAACGCUCCAUGAAUGCGUAUAUGUUGGUCUACAUCCGAAAGAGCCGGCUUGACCAGGUUCUUCAUGGCGUGAACGAAUCGGAUAUACCUUCCCAUAUCGAGAGAAAGAUCACAGAAGAGCAGGCCGAACUCGCCAGAAAGAAGAAAGAACGUGAAGAGGCGCAUUUAUACAUGAAUGUCGGCGUCAUAACAGAAAAGACAUUCCAAGCCCACCACGGAUUUGACCUGACCAGCUACGAACUGGAACAGGGCGACCCUGCCGCUGCACAGGUCUAUCGAAUCCUGCGGACAACCAAAAUCAGCGAGUUUGCCGCGACAGUCGCCGAAGAGCUCGAACUCGGGCCAGAUCAAAUCAGAUUUUGGAACAUGGUAGGCAGGCAGAACAAAACAAACCGUCCGGAUCAGCCAAUCCGAGAUACCGAUAUGACUAUCGAGGAGGCCCUUACCAAAUAUGGGACGAGGGGUCGUCCAUUCUAUCUUUGGGCCGAACACGCACCAAAAUCUGAUGAUGGCAAAGCUGUUUUCCCAGAUACCGGACCCACAAACCCUAAUGCGCCCAUACUCGUCUUCCUCAAGUAUUUCGACGUCAAAGCUCAAAGUCUGACUGGUGUCGGCCAUAUCUACGUAAAGAAACUGGACAAGGUUUCAGAAAUUGCGCCACAGAUUAACAAGCUUAUGCAAUGGGACUCUAGUACGCCAAUACUUCUCUUCGAGGAGAUCAAGUAUUCUAUGAUAGAGGUGAUGAAACCGAAACAAACAUUCCAACAGUCGGAGAUACAGGAUGGCGAUAUUAUUUGUUUCCAACAAAACCUUCCGGACCUUGACCCUUCUACAGUCACCUACAGCGAUGCCCGCCAGUACUACGACUAUCUCUUGAACAGAAUACCAGUCAGCUUCUAUCCCAAACCCAGCACAGAAGGGGAAGCUUUCUCAUUGAGCCUUAGUAAGAAAAUGACCUACGAGCAAUUCUCUGGUAAAGUCGGGGAAUAUCUCAAGGUUGACCCAACGCACAUUCGGUUCGCCACAAUAAGUUCAACCAACAACAAGAUAAAGAUGUGGCUCAAGCGCGGUAUGAAUCACACUCUGCAACAAAUCCUCCAUUCGCAGUUUUCCUCCUAUGGGGGCUAUGCUGCCCACCGCGGUGAUGCUCUCUACUAUGAAGUCCUUGAGACCAGUCUUGCCGACUACGAGACCAAGAAGAUUAUGAAGGUGAUAUGGCUUAGCGACGGCAUCAGUAAAGAGGAACCACUUGAAAUCCUUGUCGCAAAGAAUGGCAUUAUUGGCGAUUUGGUAAACGGCAUUGCGAAAAAGAUCAACCUUGAUGAACAGACGGCACGAAAUGUUCGCAUACUUGAGGUUCAUGGCGGCAAGAUUCACAAAGAACUGAUCGAAGACUUUAACGUAGUUGGAGUCAAUGAGUUCACGACACUUUAUGCGGAAAAAAUUCCUGAUGAAGAAAUUCAUGCUUCUGAUGACGACCGAUUCAUCUAUUGUUUCCAUUUUGACAAGGAAGCGAGCAAGCCUCAUGGCAUUCCCUUCAAAUUCAUGCUCAAACCUGGUGAAUCAUUGAAGGACACCAAAGAACGGAUCAGCAGGAGAACUGGCAUCAAGGGGAAACUCUUGCAGCAGAUCAAAUUUGCCUUGGUCUCCAGGGCCAUCUAUGCUAAACCACGGUAUCUUGAGGACGAUGAUAUCAUCUUGGAUCUUCUCCAGGAUGGCGACGAGAUGCUCGGCUUGGACCACGUAAACAAGGCUAGGAAUUUCUGGGGUAGAGCCGAAGGAAUGUUCAUCCGGUGAGAUUACGCUCAAGCCAAGUCGAGAACACGAGAAGCUCCGCUUCAGAAUGGCGACUGUGUCCAUCAUAAUGGGGGCGUUCUUUGUGGCGGAAGCGCUCCAUUAUCAAGUAUUCCACCAGUGUCCAGCAGGCAAAAGUCCCUAAGGAUGUAGGGUUCUGGAUCCACGAAGAGAGCCACCAGGCAGGCCUGCUGGUAUUCUUCAGCAUCUUAUGCUAAAUUUUGUAGAGAUAAUUCGCGAACUUGCUGCUUUCACUUGGGGCUCAGCAGGAAGGGUCAUAUUAUUGGUGCAACAAACGAACUAUCUCGAGCGACCGCAGAGAUGAUGAUUCAAGCGAUUGCUAGCUAUGUUACCGGUUAUAUACACCAAAAAGGCGCUCACGCGAUGAGGAUUGCUAGCACCAUAGAUAGAGGAAUGAAUGAGUUGAAUAAGUA